AGAUUAGGGUUUAUUUUUCAAAAUCAUCUGAUACUGAUAUUACAGUUUAUGCAGUAAAAUAUAAUAAAUAUAUAUUAGAUCAUGUUGGUUUCACCCGCAUCCUAAAGCAAAGGACAAGCAAAGACUCAUAACUCAAUAAAAAUACAGCAGUGUGUCUACAAAACCUGAACUAUAUAAUGCAAUAUUACCAAGCCUUUGAAUCUGAAUGGAAAGCAUGAGAAAAAUAAAAUAUAAAUAAUAGUAAUAAUAAAUUAAUUAAUCAUAAUAACAAUAAACUGCAGUGAUUUAAUGCGCAUGAACAGUGACUGAUGAAGACUGGUUGUGAUUUAUAUUACAGUCCAGCAAUUAUUAUAGAACUCAGUCAAAUAAAAUUACUAGAAAAAUAAGCAGUUUCUGAGAUUCUUUGACAUGCAAUAAAUUCGUUUACUAAAUGCAAAAGAUAGUAGCUAUAUAAUAACAAAAAAAAAAAAACAAUCCAUAAUUAACCCUUUUGUUUGUUAACGAAGUAGUCGUAUAAAUAAAUAAUUGAUAUUCAUAUUUCAAACAGCGCAUUUCUCCUCGUUCUGAAGCCUUUUCUAUUUCAGCAGCACGAUCAUAUUUCACUCGUGUCCAUAAACAUGAGAACUGUGUCUUAGUUUCAAGUUUACAAUCAGGUGCAAAAUAAUUACAUAUAAUGUCUCGAGACAGGAGAAAUGUCUCAAGAGUUUAAUACGGAAGACUGAAUUAAACAUGCGUUUAAUCAUAUACUGUAAUACAUUGCAGUAUUAUUAUUAUUAUGCCAGUAAUUUCAGUGUUUUGUUUAUUUAUUUUUUUAUUAUUAAAUGCAAAAAAGCGACGUUUUCAAUAAUAGGCUACUAAUACUAAUUCUAAUAAAGUAGCCUAAUUCUAUAGGUUGUAAUAGAGAAUCGGCUAUAAAACAUACUGUGCGUGGCCUAUAAAUAAUUGUUUUCGAAUACGUUUUAUUAAGGUUUUACUCGCAGGGGAAGUUUUAAUAACUUAAUCGAACGAUGGAAACGCGUUCUUAAAAUACAAACAAACACACAAAAAAAAACUUUUCAAUAUUUGCCCUAAACCCGAGGGGAAUAAAAGCGAGUUCAGUGAGAGGUGAGCAUAUGGUUAUUAUUAGUUAUUACUGUACUUGCUCAUAAAGUGAACGCGUCUAUUGUGUCAAAUGUCGAAGCGAUGAUUUCUACAGUGCGUCAUUGAUGGAGAGCGGCGUUGUCACAUGCAAAUCCGACGCCUCGCGUCCUCCAAUCAGAGCGCGGCGUCACUUAGCGUCUUCCAAUGGGAGACGUGCGCUCGCGCGGUUAUCUGCUAGUCUUCUCCGCUGGAGUCACUGACCGGGGAACUGCGCUUCAGAUGCGGGAGAUCGCUGCACUCAAAGCGGCCGUGAGUUCUGCCGACGACCGGCAUCCGGAUUCUGCCUCGGGACGCUCGCUCGUGAAAUUCUUGUGCAUGGGAAACUUUAGCAGACUUUGACUUCCAGUUCCAGUGGAUGUGUUGACAAGUUGUGUGCGCGGUUGUAGUUUUUACAGUUCACUCGCACCGAUGUUAGCGGUCGGGCAGAUGGAUGGUAACCGGCAGAGUGCGUUCGUUCUGGGCAGCACUCCUCUGGCUGCGCUGCACAACAUGACCGAGAUGAAGACGUCUUUAUUCCCGUACGCCCUGCAGAACCCCGCGGGCUUCAAGGCUCAUUCUUUCAGCAACAUGAACUCUCAGAUCGCGCUGGGAACGCCGCAUGGAAUAAGCGAUAUUUUGGGGAGACCCAUCACCUCCGCGGGACAGCUGCUGUCGGGCUUCCCCCGGAUCAACGGACUGACUUCAGCGGGGAUGUACUUCAGCCCUGCGGCCGUGUCUCGGUACCCCAAGCCGCUGACGGAGCUGCCCGGGAGGGCGCCUAUAUUCUGGCCGGGAAUGAUGCAGGCUUCGCCCUGGAGAGACCCGCGUGUUUCCGGUCCUGACCUUGUCUUGUUUUCUCCAGCACAGGCAAAUCUGAUGCUGGAUAAAGAUGGAAAGAAGAAGCACUCCAGACCAACUUUUUCCGGACAGCAGAUCUUCGCCCUGGAGAAGACCUUCGAGCAGACCAAGUAUCUGGCCGGUCCCGAGCGCGCUCGCCUCGCGUAUUCUCUGGGAAUGACCGAGAGCCAAGUCAAGGUUUGGUUUCAGAACAGAAGAACCAAAUGGCGCAAGAGACACGCGGCAGAGAUGGCCACAGCGAAGAAGAAGCACGACUCCGAGACAGAGAAGAUGAAGGAGAGCUCCGAGAACGAGGAGGAGGAGGAGGAGGAUGAUGAAUAUAACAAACCUCUGGACCCGAACUCCGACGAGGAGAAAAUCACGAGACUGUUGAAGAAGCACAAGACGAGUAACGUGUCCCUCAUCAGCCCCUGCAGCAACAGCUCGGACACUUUGUGAUGACACCGAGCAGAGACUCUUCAUCAUCAUCAUCAUCAUCAUCUGCUUCAGAGGCAGGAUCAAGCAGGGUAUAAACACUGUACAGUUAGAAGUGGACGUCAGAUGUAUAUAGAUAUAUAUUUUUACUGAGUAAAUUAUGUUAUUAAAGCAUCUCGAAGACAACUCCUCAUCAAGAUCAUUUUGUCUUCGAUCUUAAAAGUUCUCCUUCUUUAUUUUGGAAACAGGUGUAUAAUAAAGAAGUGCUGUAAAUGAUGUGAAUUGAAUUUGUUUUAAUAAUGUCUCGUUAUGAUUGCUUCCGUGCGGACGGCAGGAAGAAAACUUUCUAUUAUCAAUAAAUUAUUUAACAAGCCACUGUU